UGACAGUUGUCAAAAUACUCGAUUCCCGCGAAAUGCAAGCUCCAAUUGACUAUUUCCGCGAAAUAUGAUUUAAACGAAAACUCGUAUUCGGGAAUAAAUAAAUACAUAUUUUUAGAUAUAAAUAUGCAAAAAGCAAGUGGAAAGGAAACUUACCUUGUUACCAAUACUCUCAACUGCAUACCAUUUCUGCUAGAUGGCCAGUCCGUGCUGAUAGAUCUGCUCAACGAAAACUCUGUGGCUGGGCGUAUUGAUGCCGAUGGAACGGACGGCUACAUGAAUAUCAACUUGCGUGAUGUCGUUUUUAUUGACCGUAAUGGACAACAAUAUCCUUUUGAACAGUUCAUGGUGCGUCCACGGGUGAUACGACAAAUACACAUACCUGCGCACAUAGAGGCUGAAAGUGCUAUACGCGAUUGGUUGGAUCAUGGCCGCAGACCAGCAAGACAGGCGCCAAAUCAGCGAAAGGGUAAAAAGACUUUCAAACAAAAGCGCGCAGAGGAACGGCACAAGGAGGUGUUGAGUGAAAUACAAAAACCCAAGCAGGAACCCGAAAGCGAAAUUAAAGACGCGAAAACGUAAUGCAUAGAUUUCAUCAUUUUUUA